AUGGCGGCGGCGAGGGGAGCCACCUCGGAACCAGAGUCACUCUAUCAGCCCGGCGGUGUACCGGACCCCCGUUGCCGGCAACCAGACGUCGCCGUCGAUGAAGGUCCCCACCGUGAAGUUGCUCGCCACUUGCCGGUCGGUGAUGACGUGGAACCCCGGCCACUGGACCCUGCCGACGACGGCGGAAGCCGGCCCCGUGUUCAUAUACUCGCCGUAGUAGAGAGUGUUCAGGGCGAAGUCCCCCGCCCAUGGCAGCCAUCCCUCCUCCCUGAUCCCCUCCCCCAGAUACGACUGCAUCACCACAGUCCUCGAGUACUCCUUCCACGGCCUCCCCAGGUACGUCGCUGGCGGCGGCGCCGCCGCCGGCACGGUGGUGUCUUCUUCCUCGAAGAUGAUGUUGCAGGCGUGGAUGGAGAAGCCGGUGUUCUGAUCCGGGUACUUGCGGCCGUGGGCCGUCACGGAGUUCUUCUGGUGGGGGAGCGGUCGGCGGGCGGUGAUGUUGCAGUUCUGGAAGACGGCGGCGGCGUUGCCAAAGAUGAAGUCGAUAGUGCCGCUGAUGCGGCACUCGCGGAAGAACUGGCGCAGGGAGUGGGCGUAGAGCGUGUCCUGGUAGCCGGCGAUCUCCGCGCUGAAGUAGGCGGAGAGGUCCGAGUCCGUCCUCAGCGCCACCGCCUGGUGCUUCUCCGGCCCCGCCGUGUUCUCCACCGUCAGGUCCCUCAUGAUGAAUCCCUUCCCCGAAACAGCUGCAAAAAUGAUGAUGAUGAUCAUCAUCAUGUUCUUCUUCUUUCUGGUUCCUGA